GCGUGGUUUAUGAAUGGGUCUCAUACUUCGGCAGUGAGUUUCACACCAUGCACGGUCACGGACAAACAAUCAAUGCAUUAUUCAUUCCGACACAUACUAGGGAGCUCGGCUACUUCAUAGAUGUGUACAUUUUUACGGUCCGUCGCUUAUCUACCUGAUAGCUUAAUGAAUAUUUCACAUGCCUUGAAGAAUCACCACGCGAUGACGGCCUUGACAGAGGUAGACAAACAUCAGAUGCAUUUGUUGACAUUUUUUUCCUGCUUUUCGUCGUGGUCAUUCACGGGGGAAAAUGUGCAGUGUUAGUCACCUCAUACCAAUCUUCGUAGUUUGAGUCCUCUUUCCAUUUUCCGCUCUUUUAUCUCCGCUGCUAAUGUAUAGCAGAAGUAAAUCAAUGUACUUGUAAAUAGUCUAGAAUACAACUUCAGCCAACAGAGUGUGCCAAAAUGACAACCUUAUCGCAUCCCUACAAAGACUGCUCAGAACCGAAAGAGGUUCCUACACAAUAUGUAAAGGACGUGGAUGCGCUGUUUGAAUGGAUCAAGCAGCAGCCACGGUUCCCAGCAUUCACGAAAAACCAUGCUCAUCUGUUCCUCCAUGCGUGCCUGUGGGAUAUGGAGAAUGGUAAAAAGGCACUGCAGAAGUACGCACACAUUCACGCCACAGCACCGGAUAUAUUCGACAAUCGGGACAUUCUCUCGUCUGGAGUGCAGUUCGUGCUGAGUAUGACUCACAUGGUUUCACUGCCGAAAUUAACACCGGAAGGAUAUCGAUUAUUAUGCUAUCGUUUAUCCGAUUAUGACCCAUCACGGAUGAAUUUCACCGAGGCAGUGAAGACAUUCUGCAUGUUCAACGACGUUCAGAUCAGCAAAGACGGCCCGAUCGAGGGCUAUAUCGUCGUGUUUGACAUGAAAGGAGUGAGACUUGGUCAUCUGGCGCGAGUGCAGUUCGGACCGCUGAGAGUUUUUAUGAACUACAUCCAGGAUGCACAUCCGGUGCGGCUGAAAAAAAUCUACAUCGUGCAUACGGCUUCAUUCAUUAAUCAGGUGAUGGCUCUGAUAAAACCACUGAUCAAAUCGGAACUGCUGGGUUUACUUCAUUUCACCACCUCAGGGCCAAUCGACAUCCUGAACGCCGAGCUGUUGCCGAAGGACUACGGAGGACCACUUGCAGAACUAGCUAUCAUGCAUGCAGACCAGAAAAAGGAAAUCGAAACCCACUACCGCGAGUGGCUAAUAGAUUCCGCCGCCCUGAAGGAGGCACCCAAGGAUAAAAGCAAUAAUUCCUCCAGUUCUAUCAAACCACCCGUGAAAGGAUUCCGCAGUUUAGAGAUUGAUUAAACUAAUGUGUACUGAUCGCAGCAGAACAGGAUGGGACAUCGUUUUAGGAGCGUGUGAUAGACUACGAAUAUUUUGGUUGAGGAAUAUUUUAUGAAAAUUUGUCAAGUUGUUACUAAAAAUUUUUGUAUGAAAUUAUGUUUAUUUUUAAUAUAAAAUGCAAUAUGU